AUGUUGGCGCAGGUCCAUCGCAACAAGCGGAGCGCCGCUGUUGCCUCUGUGCUCUUCAUCGCCCUGCUUGUCUACACAUGGCACUCCCUCAACCUCGAAUCGCUGCUGCCCGCGCCGUUGCUACACGGCGGCCACAACCAGGUCCCCGUCGUUGCCGCCCGCAUGCACGAGGUGACUUGCCCAGGACCGAUUGGCGAGCAGCUCCCCUCCAAGCGCGUCCCCGUCGUCCGCGGCCGCAACGUCUCCAGCACCACCCACGGCCAGACCCUCUCCGUCCCCAAAGUCGUCGUCCUCAUCUUUUACGGCCGACGCAACACCGUCUCCAUUCUUGACUGUUACCUCAAGCGCAACCUUGUCAGCAACGGCGGUCUCAUUGACGAAGUCAUCUGGCUGCGGCGAACCGAAAAGGAAGAAGACAUCGAAUUUCUCCAAAAACUUCUCGACUCCGAGCCCCAUUACAGCAAGCGAGAUGUGGACCGCACAGACGCAUCGGGCUUUGCCAGUGCCUAUGACGAACUAGACAACGACACGCUCUACCUCAAGAUUGACGACGAUGUGGUUUUUAUCGACGACAAUGCUAUCCUCUCCCUCGUCUGCACCAAGCUCACCCAUCCUGAGUAUUACAUUGUCUCUGCCAACGUCGUCAACCAGCCCAUGAUCAGCUGGCUGCACUGGAAUCUUGGUGCAGUCCUUCCUUACCUGCCCGAUACCAAGAACCCCUACCCGAAGCUCAAACCUGGCCAGCAAGUCGAUUGGCGUGCCUCGACGCUGCCCAAGUACAAAGGCCCCGACGAUAUGGCCAUUCUCGAGUGGAACUCGCCCGACAAGAAGAAGCACCGUUGGCUACCCAUCCGCAAUCGUAAGGACCAUAUCCUAGAUGGAACUCCCAUUGUCAACACCGAGUACCAUGCCUUUGGUAAAGGCCUCGGUCACUGGCAGAUUGCUGCCCAGCAGCAUUACAGCUUCUUCGAGAACUUGGAGAACAAGGAGCUCCAUAGGUACAAAUUCAACGUGUGGGACUUUCAGCUGAAGCGCCUCGGCAUCCAAUUCAUGGCCAUUAUGGGCAAAGACAUCAACGGCGCCAAGCCCAUUGGCCAGGAUGACGAGCAGCACUUUUCCGUCACCAUGCCUGAGAAGUCGGGCCGCGCUGCUGUGGCAGAUGGUAGAGCCAUUGUCGCCCAUUACAGUUUUGGUCCGCAGUCUGAGCAGCUGCCCACGACAGACAUCCUAGACCGGUACCGGUCGUAUGCCGCCGAAAAUAUUUGCGGAAAGCCCAUGCUUUGGUCCCCUGAAGAGGAUGCUGCCACGGUGCCCCCAUCAUAG